GCCCUGGGUCAGGAUUAAACUGCCCUGGGUCAGGAUUAAACUGCCCUGGGUCAGGAUUAAGCUGCCCCAGCUGCUCCAGCAGGAGGAGGGGAGGGUGUGCAGUGCAAGAACUGAAAUCUCCCUCAGCCCUGAGUGCUGCUGGCUCUGGGAGAGGCCCUUGAAGCUGUGACUGAAACUCAAUGUUCUUCCAGCUCUGCGUUUGAUAACAUUUUUCUUUCAAGCCAGUGCUGCCUGACCGGAGAAGAGCUCUUGGCUGGAGGUCUGGAGCCCCAUUUCAAGGCAGGUUUUUCCUUCGAGACUCCCCUCUCCAUCAGCCUUUUUCUGUUCUCUGCAGGCUCUGAAAGAAACUCCGAAUUGGAGGCAUAGCUCAGGGCUUUUUGAAACUCCCCUGGUUGUGCUCAGCUCUGGCAGCGGCCGCAGGGCUGCUCACAGCCGCUCCAAAUGUGAGCUCGAGGAGCACAAACGCAGGGAAUGCCUUGAGUGCCCGUCCCAAAAAAAUCCUCCAAGAGCCCCUGGAGAACAUGGACCGGGCUGAACACCCCUCUGCAGGCGGCAGGAAGAGCUCGCUGUCCCUGCAGCAGAAGAGGAGCCGUGGCUGGAGGGCCACGCUGGGGCUGCUGUGUCUGUUCCCUGCGCUGGCUGUGCUGGCAGCUGUGGAACAUCCAGCCGGAGCUGCGGGUCAGGAAUUCCAGGAAGAGGUGCCAGCCCCAGGUGUGCCCAGCCCGGCCCCUGCCCGGCCCCCGGCGCGCAGCAGGCGCUACACCAUCACCCCCGGCCACCUCAAGUGGGACCACUUCAACCUCACCUACAAGAUCCUGUCCUUCCCCAGGAACCUCCUGAGCGCCAGGGCCACGCGCCGGGGGCUGGCGGCCGCGUUCCGCAUGUGGAGCGAGGUGUCCCCGUUCAGCUUCAGGGAGGUCCCGAGGCACCUCCCCAGCGACCUCAAAAUCGGUUUCUAUUCCAUCAACCACACAGACUGCCUGGAGUCCCUGACCCACCACUGCUUCGAUGGCACCACGGGGGAGCUGGCCCACGCCUUCUUCCCACCCCACGGGGAAAUCCACUUCGACGACCACGAGUACUGGAUCCUGGGCAACACCAGGUUCAGCUGGAAGAAAGGGGUGUGGCUGACAGACCUGGUCCACGUGGCCGCGCACGAGAUCGGGCACGCGCUGGGCCUCAUGCACUCGCUGAACCCCAACGCCCUGAUGCACAUCAACGCCACCCUGACGGGCAAGAAGAGCAUCUCCCAGGAUGAGGUGUGGGGAAUCCACAGGCUCUACGGCUGUAAGGACAGGUUAUUCAUGUGCCCAUCGUGGGCCAAAAAAGGCUUCUGUGAGAAGCGCAGGAAGCUGAUGAAGAAGCACUGCCCGUCCACCUGUGACUUCUGCUACGAAUUCCCAUUUCCAACGGUGCCCCCCACUCUGCCCCCCCCGAGGACCAAAACCAAGACGGUGUCCGAGGGCAGGAACGUCACCUUCCGCUGCGGGCAGAAAAUCAUCCACAAGAAAGGCAAAGUCUACUGGUAUAAAGACAAGGAGCUUCUGGAAUAUUCCUACCCGGGGUAUUUAUCCCUAAACGAAGAUCACAUGAGCAUCAUUGCAAAUGCCAUCAACGAGGGGACUUACACUUGCAUAGUGAAGAAAAAAGAAAGAAUCCUGACGACUUAUUCCUGGAGGAUCAGGCUGAAGCACUGAGGCAGCCCUGGAUGCAGCUCCUGCAGCCCUGGAUGCAGCUCCUGCUCCUGUUCCCAGCUGCUCCUUUGGCCUUUUAGAAUUUCAUCUCCAGCAGUGCAGCUGAAUUCUUCAGCAGCUGCUUUACCUUGGGCUAAGGAGACUCCGGGACCGGCUACUGGAAUGUCAAACUCUUCCAGAUUCCUUUGAAUGAUAAAGAAUUUAUCAACUAUUUGCUGUACAGAGAAUUAAAAACCUGGUUUGGGUUUUUUUUUUUGUAAGAAAAGCAUCAGAUGGAGCUGUGUGAACUGCUGCAAACCAGGAGCAGACUCAUCCCCCUGGGACAGGGGCAUGGCAGCAAAAGGACAAGUUUAACACUCUUGAGUGUUUUCCUGCCAUUUUUUACAUCCUGGUGCACUGCAAAAGAAGAAAUUACACUGCUAAGCCUUAAUAUUCAUUUUCUUUCACUUGUCAGGAGGGUGAGGGUCACACAAACCCUGUUCUGCUCCUCAGCAGUCCAUUCCAACACGUUCCGUCCAAGGAUCCACAGAACAGCUCCUCCCCACAAGUGGUUUCCUGUGGUUUGAGGGCUUCCCUCUUAUCCCAAGAGGCAUUUCUUGCUCAGUUUGGUCCUUGAGAGGUCUGGGCUGCCCUGAGUUUGGUAAUUAAGGGGUUUGAGCUGCUAAGUUUGGUUCUUGAGGGGUCUGAGCUGCUCAGGGUUUGGUCCAUGAGGAGUCUGAGCUGCUCUGAGUUUGGUAAUUAAGGGGUUUGAGCUGCUCAGGUUGGUUCUUGAGGGGUCUGAGCUGCUCAGGGUUUGGUUCUUGAGGGGUCUGAGCUGCUCAGGUUGGUUCUUGAGGGGGCUGAGCUGCUCAGUUUCAUAAUUAAGGGAUCUGCACUGCCCAGUUUGGUAAUUAAGGGAUCUGAGCUGCUCAGAGCUUGGUCCUUGAGGGGUCUGAGCCUUGAGCCCUGUGGGAUUGAGGUGAUUCCCCCCUCAGGAUGAGGUGGAAGUGCCCCUCCAGCAGAAGAGCUCAGGAGUGGCUGGGAAAGGAACAAUUCCAUGUCGUGGCCAAGCUCCGCAGUGGGGUCAUGCUUUAAUCCCCCACAGCUUCCCUGCACUCCUGCGGGUUCCUGGGGAAGCUUCUGGAAUCAGGAACGUUCAGCUGCUUCUCCUUCAGGCUGAGGGGAGCAGGGAGUUUUGUCCUCCUGCACAGGAAAACAAGCAGGCUGCGUUCCCAGCUCACCACAACUGCGGCACAGCCGCAUUCCAGCCUUUCCCCAGGAAAACUCCCCAGCAUGGACUGAAACCCAUAGAAUGUUUAGGAUUGGAGUGAAUCCCUUACUGGCCUGGCGCCCAGCUGUGGUUGCAGGAAAAUGUGGUGUUUUCCAGCUCUGCCUGUUCCCAAAACAAAGUGACAGCUUCACAAAUCAGGGGCUGCAGAGGAUGAGAUUCCAUCAUGAUUGCUCCUCUCCUCUUUCCCCAGAAAGGACUGGAAUGUGGCCUUGCACAACCACUACAGCUGACUUCUUCUCUGGAUGGAAAAAGGGCAUAUAUUAAAAAAAAACUUUCACAGAAAAUAAAGUUUCAAGUCUCCAUAUUAAA